AUGCAGACUGGACGCUGCUGCCUUCAGUGGUCUGGAGAACUUAACACACCUGGAUUUAUCCAACACCUCCCUGAGCCGUCUGCCAGGAGCUCUGCUGUCUGCUCUGCCCAGCCUACAGGUACUGACUACAGGUACAACACCUCCCUGAGCCGUCUGCCAGGAGCUCUGCUGUCUGCUCUGCCCAGCCUACAGCCUACAGGUACUGACUACAGGUACAACACCUCCCUGAGCCGUCUGCCAGGAGCUCUGCUGUCUGCUCUGCCCAGCCUACAGCCUACAGGUACUGACUACAGGUACAACACCUCCCUGAGCCGUCUGCCAGGAGCUCUGCUGUCUGCUCUGCCCCAGCCUACAGGUACUGACUACAGGUACAACACCUCCCUGAGCCGUCUGCCAGGAGCUCUGCUGUCUGCUCUGCCCAGCCUACAGCCUACAGGUACUGACUACAGGUACAACACCUCCCUGAGCCGUCUGCCAGGAGCUCUGCUGUCUGCUCUGCCCAGCCUACAGCCUACAGGUACUGACUACAGGUACAACACCUCCCUGAGCCGUCUGCCAGGAGCUCUGCUGUCUGCUCUGCCCAGUCUACAGCCUACAGGUACUGACUACAGGUACAACACCUCCCUGAGCCGUCUGCCAGGAGCUCUGCUGUCUGCUCUGCCCAGCCUACAGCCUACAGGUACUGACUACAGGUACAACACCUCCCUGAGCCGUCUGCCAGGAGCUCUGCUGUCUGCUCUGCCCAGCCUACAGCCUACAGGUACUGACUACAGGUACAACACCUCCCUGAGCCGUCUGCCAGGAGCUCUGCUGUCUGCUCUGCCCAAACUACAGCCUACAGGUACUGACUACAGGUACAACACCUCCCUGAGCCGUCUGCCAGGAGCUCUGCUGUCUGCUCUGCCCAGCCUACAGCCUACAGGUACUGACUACAGGUACAACACCUCCCUGAGCCGUCUGCCAGGAGCUCUGCUGUCUGCUUUGCCCAGCCUACAGCCUACAGGUACUGACUACAGGUACAACACCUCCCUGAGCCGUCUGCCAGGAGCUCUGCUGUCUGCUCUGCCCAGCCUACAGCCUACAGGUACUGACUACAGGUACAACACCUCCCUGAGCCGUCUGCCAGGAGCUCUGCUGUCUGCUCUGCCCAGCCUACAGCCUACAGGUACUGACUACAGGUACAACACCUCCCUGAGCCGUCUGCCAGGAGCUCUGCUGUCUGCUCUGCCCAGCCUACAGCCUACAGGUACUGACUACAGGUACAACACCUCCCUGAGCCGUCUGCCAGGAGCUCUGCUGUCUGCUCUGCCCAGCCUACAGCCUACAGGUACUGACUACAGGUACAACACCUCCCUGAGCCGUCUGCCAGGAGCUCUGCUGUCUGCUCUGCCCAGCCUACAGGAGCUGCACACAGGAGGAAACCCCUGGAACUGCUCCUGUGGUUGGGACUACAGCUGGACCAGACUGAGCUCUGCCUCAGGCCUUUGUGCCUCUCCCCCCUCCCUGCUGGGACGGCCCCUGACUGAGGCUGCGGCCCUCUGCUCCCAGCCCCAGACCCAGCCUCAGACCCCCCCUCCCAGGACCUCUGUGAGUCUGAGGAGCAGAGAGACCGGCCAGCCCAGUCUGAGGAGCAGUGGGAGGAGCAGUGUGAGGAGCAGUGUGAGGAGCAGUGUGACGGCUCAGCUCAACCAUAGCUCCGGAAACGAUCCGGGGGUGGGUCAGGGGAACUCAUGGAAGUUCACGGUGUGUGUGGUGGUCCUGGUCCUCUGCACCGGGGGCCUCCUGGUGUGUGCGGUGAAGGGCCCCUCCUGGUACCGACUGUUCCAUAACUACAGGCACCGCCGGCUGCAGGAGCACAACGGCACUACCAUCUACAGCCACCAGGGGGAGCCCCACAUCUACACCUUUCAACAGGACAGGGGCAGGAGAAGCCCCGACGAGGACGAGGACGAGGAGGGGUACUACGAAGACCCCUAUGUGAGGAGUGAGGGGUGA